AUGGUUACUUCUGUGCCUGAAAUGUUUCUUAUGGUUAGUACUCAUGAUGUGAAACGUUUUGGUCUUGACAAAGUUAAAGAUUUUUGUGUUUCAAACUCUGUUUAUGACAGCAUGCUUAAAACUUUCAAAGAACUUGAACCAGAUAAACUUUUUGAUCAAAAAUAUUUUCAAUAUGGUAAUAAAAACUUUUCUGGUCAUGUUUUGAGUUUUGAACAAUUUAUGAAUCACCAUGAAAAGAUUUUAGAACCUGUUUUCAAGCCAACCGAGUUCUAUUUUAGAAAACCUUUUGCCUUGUUUGCUAGAACUGAAGAAAAUAGUUUUGUUGUGAACUUUCCUAGGCAUGAACUGAUCUCUGAUUAUUUUCUUGCACCCACAUAUGUUUUGAAAGAACCUAGGAAGUUGCAUGAACCGAAAUUGCAUCAUUCUGAUGUUAGGGUUGAAAUUGUGAAGUCUGCAAAUAUCUCUGAGUUUGAGCUUGACUGUUUGUGUGCUAAAAAUGAUUCUAAACGUGUAGGGUUGUUCUUUGAGGAUAUUCUAGUGUAUAACACUUUCUUUGAAAAACCUGUUCCACAAUUGAAACUAGAGUUCACUGAUUCUGAAUAUAUGAACUUAAUCCUUGAUGAUAUUUGGGUCUGCAAUAUUUUCUUUGAUAUGCAUAAUAGAUGGAGGAAUCAUAUGGUUUUCUGCUUUGGAGACAUUCUGGUCUACAACACUUUCUUUGACAUGAUAACACACUUGUCUUGUCCAAAACAAGCUGAAAAAGGCACAGCCGCCAGCUUUGACAUAGGAGCAGUCCGAGGAUCAUAUCUCAGCAACCAGAAGGAAUUAAGCAACAAACUCGACUUCCAUGGAAACUUAACUCAUCAGGGGCUCACGGUGAAUUGGAAUCAUGUCCAAAGCUUCUCAGGAGAAAGAGUUAUGGGCUCUACAAGUCAGGUGAACCUUUGUUUGCUUUGUUUGAAUUUUUCUGAGUUUGUAACAUCUCAAUCCUAUCUAUGGCGACCAGGUGAGCAUGCUAAGGUAACUAAUCAUGUUUUCAAGAAUUCUUUUAUUGAUUACACAGAUAUGAUGCACUUGUUUUUGUCAAAAGAGCCAUGUGCAGAUUAUGAAGAAGCUUUGAAGCAUACAAGGAGAAAGAACAAGCGUGAGGAAGACAAGCGUUUCAAGCCACUUGAUCUGAACCUGGAGAGACAUCAGGACAUCACUUGCUUCAUCCUCAUCAAAGAAGCACCUCCAGAUGCAGCAUACAAGCUUGAUCUUCAAGAUGAGAUAGAUUUGAGGACAAAUCCUUUUCAAGAGGGAGGGGAUGAUAUGAUCAUGGACCAGCCAAACAAAGAAGAUAAUGAGAGCAUGGAUGAUCCAGCUGAUGGAGGAGCUCUAGCCAUAUCUGAAGGUCCAAUGCUAGAGCCAGAAACAAGCAACUCAAAGAAGACAUUGGAGGAUUACUUAAGACAUCACUGA